GCAGACACGAGAGGUCCGGAAGAAAGCGCUUAUAAAUUACUGUUUCUUCCUUCCCAUUGCUGUUAGUCUGCCUUGCCGCUCGCGCCGAAGCACAUAGGACGGAAGCAGAAACGGCGAAGACGCUGGACAGCUACCUGGUCCAAAAAGAGCAACUGCUACAGGAAGAGAAAAUCCUUUCUGGAGAUACUCCUUUUCAUUGUCUUACCCUAUGGAGGAACCAGCCCUGCCCAUCCACAUUGAGGAGGGAAUAGACGUUCUGACUGAAAACAAAACCAUGGCAACAAAGGAGAAGCUGCAGUGUUUGAAAGAUUUUCACAAGGAUAUCCUUAAACCUUCCCCUGGCAAGAGCCCUGGGACUCGGCCUGAGGAUGAGGCAGAGGGCAAGCCACCACAACGGGAAAAAUGGGCCAGCAAGAUUGAUUUUCUGUUGUCUGUAGCUGGAGGGUUUAUUGGAUUAGGCAAUGUCUGGCGAUUUCCGUAUCUCUGCUAUAAAAAUGGCGGAGGUGCAUUUCUCAUACCUUAUUUCAUUUUUCUGUUUGGGGGAGGUCUUCCUGUAUUCUUUCUGGAAGUGGCUCUAGGACAAUAUACCUCUGAAGGAGGAAUUACAUGCUGGGGAAAGAUCUGCCCUAUUUUCUCUGGAAUAGGUUAUGCUUCCGUAGUGAUUGUGACUCUCUUGAAUGUAUACUAUAUCGUCAUCCUGGCUUGGGGAUUGUACUAUCUAUUCCAGUCAUUUUCUCACACUCUGCCAUGGGCUCAUUGUCAGCAAGAAUGGAAUACGGAAAACUGUGUGGAAGACACCCUCAGGAAGAACAAAACACUGUGGCUGUCGCUCAAUGUCACUGAAUUCACAUCUCCUGUCACAGAGUUUUGGGAGCGGAAUGUUCUGAAGUUGUCUUCAGGAAUUGAUGAACCUGGUGUUAUCAAAUGGGACCUGGCUCUUUGUCUUUUCCUUGUCUGGGUGAUUUGUUUCUUUUGCAUUUGGAAAGGUGUGAAGUCAACCGGGAAAGUUGUAUACAUAACAGCAACAUUUCCAUUCAUCAUGCUUUUUGUACUCUUAAUCCGUGGUGUCACUUUACCUGGAGCUGCAGAGGGCAUCAAAUUUUAUCUUUACCCUAACAUCACUCGUCUGUCCGAUCCAAUGGUCUGGAUAGAUGCUGGCACACAGAUCUUCUUCUCCUAUGCAAUCUGCUUAGGUGCAAUGACUUCCUUGGGGAGCUACAAUAAAUACAAAUACAACUGUUACAGGGACUGUUUGCUGCUGGGAUGCCUGAACAGUGGUACCAGUUUUGUGUCUGGCUUCGCAAUUUUUUCCGUCCUGGGCUUCAUGGCACAAGAGCAAGGGGUGGACAUUGCUGAUGUAGCAGAGUCAGGUCCAGGUCUGGCCUUCAUUGCGUAUCCAAAAGCUGUGUCCAUGAUGCCACUGCCAACUUUUUGGGCUAUUCUUUUCUUUGUUAUGCUUCUGUUGCUUGGCCUGGACAGCCAGUUUGUUGAAGUUGAAGGGCAGAUCACAUCGUUAGUUGAUCUGUACCCAUCCUUCCUAAGGAAGGGUUACCGACGGGAAAUCUUCAUCGCUAUAAUCUGUUUCCUCAGCUAUCUUCUGGGACUAGCUAUGGUGACUGAAGGUGGCAUGUAUGUGUUUCAACUCUUUGACUACUAUGCAGCUAGUGGUGUAUGCCUUUUGUGGGUCGCAUUCUUUGAAUGCAUUGCUGUAGCCUGGGUUUAUGGCGCUGACAAUUUUUACGAUGCCAUUGAAGAUAUGAUUGGUUACAGGCCUGGUCCUUGGAUGAAGUGGAGUUGGAUUUUAAUCACACCAGUUCUCUGCGUGGGGUGCUUCAUAUUUUCUCUAGUCAAGUAUACCCCUCUGACCUACAAUAAGGUCUACAUCUACCCUACGUGGGCAAUCGGUCUGGGUUGGAUACUUGCUCUUUCAUCUAUGAUCUGCAUCCCAUUGGUUACAGUUAUCCGUAUCCUGCAGUCAGAUGGCUCUCUCCUUGAGAGGGUGAAGACAAUGGCUGCUCCUCGUGAGAUCACGCGGUGGGACAAAGAAGCCGAGGUUGCUGCCACGUUCGGCCCUCCUGGCCUGGUCAACGGAGAACUGGUCAAGAAGCCAAGUCAUGUCAUCGUGGAGACAACAAUGUGAGCUCUCUCUAUGAGAGGAGGACACCUGCUUUAAAACUGCUGUUUACUAACCAUAGAAUCUUUCAUAGGACCAGGUUUACAGAGCUUUAUAUUUGCACUAGGGUUAUUUUUAUUUCUCAUAGAGAAAGUAAUUUUUUGUGUGUUUGGUUUUUAUUUUUUAAUAUUUUGUAAAGUAAAUCACAGCAGAUGGCUGUCCUGCUCUAUUUAGAAACAGAGCUUUCGUAUCAAAUUAGGCACACUGCAGGAAUUUAUCUUCUGUUUUCCACAUAGCAUAUCUAACUAACUUUUAUUCAUACUGCUACGUUACUAUUUUUAGUUGAUAUUUCUUGCCAACAGUAUACCCAGGCGCAAUCCUAUGCAACACUGUCUUGCAAAUACGCCUCAAUGAACAUAAUGGGACUUAGUUCUGAGUAGACAUAUGUAGGAUUGCGCUGAUACGUAUGCAUACAUGUGCACAUAUACAAGCUUUAGAUUUCUCUGAGUGUUGAUGUGGUUGGGAACAGGGUAGUGCAAAAUUUCAUUUUGGACUUUUUUUAACCAAAAAAAAAAAGCUCUGGCAUUUUAGAAACUGGUUUUUAAUUAACGGUGUGGCACUAUCUUCUUCUGGUAGAAGCAGGUAGAAUUAAAGGAAAAGUACAUGUUUUUAUGUUGCUGUGAGCCAUGUGGGAAUGUAUUUAUGUGAUAAUUGGAAGCUGCAAUAUUGUAGCUGCAAUUGUUGUAUGCCACCCAAAGUAAUUUUUUUUAUGAGAUGGGCGGCCAUGUAAAUUUGAUAAAUGAAUAAAUAUAAGAGGGAGUUGGAACCAGGGGAAUAAUCUGAGCAGCUUGUGAACAGGCUCUAAGAAGUUGGCAGAAUCAUUCUUGCUGGAAAGCAUUUUAACUGAUAAUCUUUUGGAAGAAUUGAUUCUACAUUCAUAAGAAAUUUCUAUGCAGACUUAAAUACAGAUUGGAGUACGGUUGAGUUUCUUUUAGAUUUAAAGAGUUGAUGUAAAAUGCUGGUAAGCCUGAAUCUGUCACCUAGUGUUAUCUCACUCUUAGACAGAAAUGUAAAUUUGACAGUGUAAUCAUAUAACUAAAGAAUAUAUAAACUGGCCCAUUGUUGUAUUCUGCACCUGAGAAAUAAGUCAUUUGGACUUUGAUUUUGUUAGAACAUUAAGUUAGUGUCAGAAAACCCUUUACAUAAUGCUACAUUUACAAAGAUGCUGCAAAUCAUAUUUAAAGUCAUACAUUUGCCAAACUUUAUCUUUGUUAGAACGAAAAAAGGAGUGGUGGGCCUGUAUCGUACCAGUCAGCUAAGUUGCAUAGUGUUGAGUGCAGAUGCAGAAAAAAGUCCACUAGAACCUAUUGAUGAAGCUACUGAAACAAGAAAGCACAGAAAGAAAAAGGAGAAAGAGAAAGAGUAAAUAGACUGAUAUUCACAGGGUUAAACUGACAUUUAUAUCCAUUGAUCCAAGGAAACACAAGAAGAUCAAGUAAGUUAUACAUUUAUUUUAGACUGAACGGAAGUUUUAUUGGCAAGUUAAGUUCCCCACUUUUUCCAGAAUGAGGUUUUGCCUCUGGAAAACUCACCCCAAAUCCUGCAGAACGUUUGUUUUCAACCUUCAUUGAGUAGUGGCUCAAUCCUUUUCCAUAUGGGCAUUGAUCUUGGGGGAAGAGUGCCCCCUUUAAGCUUUAUAUUGGUAAUAAACACAAUUUGAGCAGGAUUGUGAGCCAGAAAUCGCAAAAUCCCUUUCUUUUGUAAUCUCUGCUGAUUUUUUCUGUCAGUGACAGAAACUGUAGUUGAAACUGGAACUUAGCCAGUGUUUGAAAACAUUCCUAUAUGCUUUAAGAAAAGAAAGAAAUUAAGAAUCAGUUUGUGUCUUAUGCUGUCUAUGGCCACUGCAUAUGUAUUAUGCACAUACUUGUUAUGUUAGGUUUUAUAUAUAUACAUAUAUAAACACUAUAAAUAAAGGACCAAAACAGUUAUUUCAGGUGUCUUGUUUAGCUAAUAUAUGUUUGUGGAUGGAAUCUGUGAUUUAUUUUAUUUGAGGGAACACAGCUUGCAGUAUAUGCAGGUGGCCAUGAAUGGAAAUGCUUUGCUUUCUUGUUACCAAGAGCUGAUAAGUAAACACUUCCAGAGUACAAACCCUUUGGAAAUUGUUUAUCUUCCUACUGUACUGAAAAAUGGCCAGUAAAAAGGUUAGUUACAAAAUAAGCAAGGAAGCCAAGAGAAAGCUACUGUUUGCUUUGUUUUCUAAUCCUGCAAAGCCAAAGAUGCAGGGCAUUGGUAUCACAAACUCCAUUGCAUUCCAGAUAGGACUGCAACUUAAUUAAAUGAAGCACAAGUCACUGGUAUCAUUGAAGGCAGCGAGAAAUUAGGAUGAAGGCAAAUCUUAACAGUUCGUUCACUUGACUUCCCUGGUGCAUUUUACAUGCAAUAUUUUGCUAGUUUCAAGAACAGCCACUGAACCAAAAGCAGAUAUAUCAACCAAGGGGAUAAUCUAAAGCAGAUAGCAUGAGAAGAUGUAUUUCAUGAAAAAAACAGAGAAUCGGUCCCACACUAUAGACUUCCAUCUAAGAAAAGUAGUACCCAACCUAUUUCAAGGUUAAAUUCUGUGAUCAGAAUCGGUUCCUUCCAGCUAAACAGGUUUUCUAAUCAUGACCUGAAGUCAUGAAGGACUCUUACAAGAAAAAAAAUAAAUAAAUUGUCACAUAAGAUUUAGCCCAUCAACCUUCAGUUUUUGUUUCAAGGAUCAUAUUUUCAUAGAGUAAAACUUGUGAAUAAUAGAAUGUGUUAUAUCUGAAUGUUAAGAAUAAGUUCUGCUGAAUAAGGCCAAUGGAUGGGAGGGGCUGGGGCAGGGAAAACUAUUAAUCGUUUGUAUUUUCUACUUAUUUAUGACUGCAAAACGAUUGAUUUUUUUUCUAAUUCACUUUGUAGAAUUGUGUGGCCUAUUUUAUCCAUCAUUUGUAAUGAAGUUAAAUAUUCAGUAUUGUGACUAACUUGUGGGUGAACUGGUUUGGCUAUAGGGGUGGGGUGGGGAUAUUCUUAAUGUUUAUUCAAAGAAAUUGUUGUAUUUCCAAAAAAGGAGGGGUGGGGACUGGGAAGAACAUUAGAGUAGAACAAUUUGUUGUCGUGGAAGUAUGGCUUGUUUCCUAAACUGCUCUAGAUAUGCAUAAGGCAAAAAAGUUUAUAACAGGUUUAAAUGGGCAUUUGCUAAUGUCUAGUCAAAACAGUUGGACAUAACCUGUGUUUGCAAUUGGCCAUUUCAGCCUUGUUUCCAAUCAAGGCAGGCUCUUUAGAUGUCUGGAAAUGGGUCUUUCUCUUCAUCCAAUCUUUCAAGCUGUCAACAUUUUCAAAAGUAGCUAUAGUACUAAUGGAAGGUAUGGUUAAAUAAUUGCAUAAGUAAUUCACAAUUUCACAAUAUAUUGCCUUUAGACAUUUGUACUUGUUUAUAAUGAAACUAAACUUACUAGGCAGAGUAUCAGUCCAGCUGAAAACUUAGUGGAAAUAAAUGAUUUGACUAAGAAUUGAAUGGCCAUGGAGGCAGGAAUAGAGAUACGUUGUGAAGAGGGAGAAGUGGAGAACAGAUGAUUUCUAACCAAAGAAAACCUAAAAUUCUGGCAGGCUUCAUUUUAUUUAUUUAUUUAUUUGCUUUUGUGGUCAUCAUGAAAUCUUCCAUAUUUACACAAAAGUAAAGUACCAGGACAAUAAGUGAAAUCUGCUUCUGAGACAACAUGUAGAUACCAGUGUUGUAAAAGGAAAGUUUGGAGAAGCUAGAAACAUUUUGGAAUUUAUGAUUGACAAGUCAGCUGCCCAGAGUGAUUUGGUAUGGGCUGGCUUAAUAAAUAGAUAAAACAGUUGUCACAGCUUGCUUUAGCUAAGAGGGGCUAAGACCAGAUUUUUUUAGUUAACCCAGUCACUUACUCCACAAACUCUUUAAAUGCACAGUUGCUACAGAUCUAGGCCAAAAAUAAACAAAAAGUGAUUGUCUACUGAAAAACAAUCUUAAUCCCCCGAUGCACAAUUUUUAAUUGAAUAUUUCUAGCAAUCAAUCCAAAAUUGAAAACUCACUUUUUAAAGUUUUUUAUAUAUCCUAAGCUGAAGUAUCUUCCCUUGCUGAAAGCAAAUCAGGAACACUUCAGCCCUUUCACCAGUCUUGACCAAAUAUCUAGUUGAGUCAUCAAUCUCUCUACUCCCUUAAAUUUGCCCCAUAGUAAAGCCACUGAUAGAAUCCAAAGUCUUGCUCAAAGUAUUAAGUAAUCUUGAUAAACCUAAAGGACGACUUUUGCAGAUCUAUAAUGGUCUACCAAAAAGGAUUACACUCUUAAAUGCUAAUCAAUUGGCAGGGAAAAAUCACAUAAUGUUCAAUCACAUAACGUUCAUACAGUUCCAUCUACGGCAUUAGUAUAUUCCAUCAGCCCAUGUCCAGCUUUCUAUCCUGUUUAAAAGGAAUAGCAGCCUGCAUUUAAGCUAAAUUACUUUGAUUCUGCUAUUCAGGAGAGGUGGAAAAGAAAAAUGCAAUAUGCAUGCUCUUUUCAGGAAAGAAGAUAAGGCCAUGCACUUUAUGAAUGUAAUAUGCUUCUGAGACAUAAUGUUUCUAUCUGUAGAAUUAGAUCAGAAACUUAGCUUUACACAAUUGCAUCCAAAUCUUUGGAGAAGAAUCAGUAUUUUUCCACAGUAAGAUGUGGCAAAAGGAAAAUAAUAUGUUAUCUAAAAACAUAGAAGUUGACAUUUGCAGAUUUCAAAAUACACACUGUGCAGGUUUGGCCAAAGAGAAUACUUGUUCCAGAGAUCUACAGGCUCAUUCUAAACAUGUACUUGCAAACAAGCCAUACCAUGUUCAGUGGAUCUUCCUUUCUAGUGACUAUACUUAGGGCUAGAGCCCUAAUCUUGCAGUUUGUGGCUGGGCUCAAGGAACAUACAGAAAAUGUCUAACCCACAUUUGCCCAGUCCUGGUUAUUUCAGAAGCCAAGUGGACUAAAAUAGCUGUAUUUCUGAAGAUCCUGUUCUAGAUUGCAUAAUUAACAUAAGUUCUCUUGGGAGAGGGAAUGAGAUUGCAUAGUUAACAAGCUGACUUGAGGACUAACAAACUCCCAAGUGACCCACUAAUGAUCAGCAACAGGUGUUACACAGCAACAGGCAGACACUGACAUUGUAGCCAAAUCAUGUUAAGUGGCUGUGUCAUUUGCUGGGAAUGGAGGGAGUUGGAUUGUAAAUAACCAAAUGCCAGCCUGAGAUUGUUCACUAAUGUCUCUUCCCAACAGACCUCAACCUGUCAGUGCUGUACUCUGAUAAAUUCACUGUUAUACUAGAACGUUGUUGUGUCAUUACUGUAGCUGUGCAGUUGCAAUUAUGAAAGGAAUGCCACUCCAGAGGUUUUAUGGUUAUAAAAUAAGGCAGACAUCUUUAUUUCUACUGAAAAUGUUGGUGUGCAUUUUUAAUUCUGCAAAUCCAUACUUAAUGACUACUAAUGAGUAGCUGUGUGGAUUAAGAGGACACUAUCCUCUUUUUAAGAAUAAUUUUUAGAAUAAUUUUUUUAAAAAGACAUUUUAAAACUGUCAUCUUUGUUCCAGAAAGGAAUAUUUAUAUAGGAGUAAGAAUUUGGCUUGUAUUCAGCCCUGAAAAUUAGGUGGUUUUUUUGGUAUAGUAUAUGUAUACAGUAAAUGUUUGUAUUUUGCAGUUUUAUCCGUUUUGCUUUUUAGAUAAAUGAAAUGGGUAUCAAUAUUUUAAAGUCAUUUUGCUUUUUUAAGAUGAGUUUGUAAUCAUUGCAAAUAAACAAUAAAAUCCUUUCAUGUAUAAAGUGAA